AUGGUUGAAGAUCUCAAAGAGUUUGAUCUCAGACUUCGUGUUCGACGAGAACCCUGGCCAUACCUCUCUAUGGAGGCUCCCAGCCUCAUGGUGUUCACCAGUGGAUCCACGGGAAGACCCAAAGGUGUUCUGCUCUCUAUGAGGGCGUUGCUGGCACACGUGCUUUUCACCAGCAAGCAUUUUGACUUCAAGCAUGGGCAGGCUGUCCUCCAGCAUACCUCUUGGACAUUCGACGCGCCCAACUGCGAGAUUUGGCCGGCCAUCCUGGCGGGUGCAACGGUGGUCAUCAGCAAACAACAUGGUUCCAAGGAUUUCCAAUAUAUUUCAGCCCUGGUCGAUGAGCACCGCGUGAGCCACGCUCUGUUUGUGCCAUCUUUGCUCGCAGAGAUCCUGGAAUCUUCCGCCUUGCCACGAAGUCUUCGAUCUUUGGUGGUUGUUGGUGAGGCCUGCUCCUUAAGAUUGGCGCACCGGAUCCUUGAGGCUCCUUUGUCUCUGAACAAUUUCUAUGGACCUUCUGAAGCCGGCAUCGGUGCGACUAUCUAUGAGGUGGACAAGAUCAGUACAGUUCCUCACAAUGUGCAAACGCUGCCGAUUGGGAGACCAGUGUCCUGGCAUCAGGUGCUGCUGCUGGAUCCUCAGCUACGUCCGGCAGUUGGCCGGGCAGGGCAGAUUGGCAUCAUGGGUGAGGGCCUGGCAAGUGGAUACUUGCAUUUGCCAGAAGAGACCAAAGCCAAGUUCAUCCAGACGCCCCAGGCAAUCCGAGAUGUUUUCCCUCAGUGUGGCUCCAGAUUGUAUCUUACGGGUGACGUUGGUCGCUAUUGCCAGGAUGACCUCCUGGAGUUUGUCGGGCGACUUGACAACCAGGUGAAGCUGCGAGGGCAACGAGUGGAACUCGGUGAGGUGGAGGAAACCUUGCUGUCCGCGCCGGCAGUGACCGAGGCCGUGGCAAUUGUUCAUUCGGACCGCCUAAUUGGUUACGUCUCACUUCUCCAGGGAGUCGAGGAAGGUGAAGCUGCACGGCAAUGCGUGGAGAAAACACGCCAGCGAUUGCCCAGGUACAUGUGGCCAGAGCUCGUGGUGGUGAAAGAGUGGCCAAGAGGGCGCACGGGCAAGGUGGAUCGAAAAGCCCUGCCAGUGCCAACUGUUUGUGUCCAGGACACGAUUGCACCAAGGACUCCCUUGGAGAAGAAGCUCCUCGAGGCCAUUUGCCAGGUGCUUCGACGCAACCUCGAUUGUACCUCAGUGCAUGCGGAUUUUUUUGCGUUGGGUGGCACUUCCUUGAAGGCUGCAAGUUUGCUAUCAGCACUACGGGCACAGGUUCCUGAGGCAUCGUCGUUGCAAUUCGACGAAGUUUAUGCGCAUCCGUCGGCCUCCACCUUGGCACAGCUCUUGUCAAGCGCCCGGGAGGUCAUGCCAAUGCGUGGUCCUGCACCUGUAGAAGGUUUGAUGCCUGCAUCCCUUGGCCAAGAGCAUAUGUUGGUACUUCAUGAACUUCAACCAGGGAGUUCUGCCUACAACUCACCUCUUCUCCUGAGGUUAGAAGGCCACCUUGACCGGGCUGCCUUUGCCACGGCCAUCGAGCGGGUCAUCGCAAGACAUGAUGUCCUUCGAAGCAACUUGUUGCGGGACUUCAUCGAUGGCGAACCUGCUGUUGUUCAGGUCACGACGUCGACGGGAGAGUUCCACUAUGACAUGGAAUAUUGGACUUCAAGUGUUUCAGAUUCGCGGCCAGUACGUCAUCAUUUGCGACCGCAAACGCUUGGAGGUCGACUAAAGAGCCCAGGGCCAGUGUCUUGGGAAGACGGUGAAUUGCAUCGUGCUGACUCGCGCACCUCGUGGUUUGAUCGGGCAGGCAGCAGCCACGCUUUGACAACUUCGAGGAGCCGUGCAUCUGUCUUUUUUCGGGAGCGACCAGCCUCCCGGUCACCUGCCUGGCAGAUGUACAACUCUCCACCGCUCCGCUCCCCGGGGCCAGAUGCUUUACCUUUGAUGGACAUGUCCAGCAGAAGUUUGACGUUUGAUGAGCGAAGAUCGUUGGCUGUGGACACCAUGUUAUCGUUGCUCAUGGAUGAGGCCAGAAAGCCCUUCGACCUGCGGGACGAUUCUUUGAUUCGCGUGAUUCUCGCGAAGGUGACCUCUGAGCCACCCGUACACUAUUUGCUGUUGAACCUGCACCACUCUGUGACCGACGGCCGAUCUUUGGCCGUUUUGAGGCAUGAGCUCACGACUGUCUACAAUCAGAACUGUUUGAAGCAGGCUGUGCAACUACCGGCUUUGUCGAUGCAGUACCAAGACUACGCCUAUUGGCAACGGCAAUGGAUGGCCCAGGGGCGUUUGGACAAGGAGUUGGCUUAUUGGCGCGUCCAGCUGCAAAGCCUCCCAGCCCUACAGGUGCCCACAGACUUUCCACGACCACCAACGCUUCCUCUCGAGGGUGGCCAGGUGUGUCUUCAGUUUCCAGCUGCUUUGGCCAAUCGCCUUCGGAGCUUGGCUCGGGCCAAGGGCGCCACUCUCUUCACGGUGCUUCUAGGUCUUUUCGCGGUAGUUUUGGGACGCUAUGGUGGCGCUUUAGACUUGGCCAUUGCCUCUCCCGUGGCCAAUCGUCAUGGGCCUGCUGUGGAGCAGUUGAUUGGAUACUUCGUGAACACAGUGAUAUUCCGAGUCAGCCUGCAAAAGGCUUCGUUUGAGGAGCUGUUGAUGCGUUUGAGGGAUGUCGUGCUGGGCGCCUUUAAACAUGCGUCAGUGCCAUACGCAGUGGUCCUCGAGGCAGCACAGCUGGAUGCCGCAGCCAUUCCUGCCAUGUUUGUUUUGCAGGACAAAGAUGAGAUGUCUUGGAGUAUGGAGGGCCUGCGUGUGGAGCAAGUUGAGUUGGAGCGAACUGCAGCUUUAUUCGACGUCACCUGCGAGAUGCAGGAAAUGCCUGGCACGAGUGGCGGCCUACAGGGUUUCAUCGUCUACAACAAACACCUUUGGACCUUACAACGAGCAGAGCGAUUUGCACAAGCUUUUCAGGCGCUGGCUACUGCCAUCGCUGAAGAACCAGCUGCCGAUCUCCUUACCCUACCAGUCACCUCUACCAGCGAGCGCACAUGUAUCUUGGAAUGGGGAGGCCAUAACAAGCCAUCCAUUUCACCGACGCCUUUGAUCAAGACUUUCCAGAUGCAGUUGCUUCAAUGUCGGCACGAACCUGCGAUUCUGGUUGAUGACCGCACGGUGACCUAUGAAGAGUUCGGUACACAAGUCACUGCUCUUGCAGCAGCCUUAAAGUUGAAGCUCGGCCAAGCGUUUGGCGAGUCCUUGCUGGUGGGUUUGUUGCUGGCCCGCUCGGUGGACCUGGCCGUGGCCAUAUGGGCUACUCUUGGUGCAGGAGCUGCCUAUGUACCGAUUGAUCCAGAAUAUCCUUUGGAACGCAUUAAGCAUAUUUUGGAGAAUGCCCAACCCAAGUUGGUGAUGUGCAGGGAGGCUCAACGGCAUUUCUGUGGCAACCUGGAGGUUUGGAGCACCCAAGAAUGGCCGAUUUCGAGUUCGAUCUCUGUGGAGCACAUUGAGCAAGCUCCACCUUUGCACCUGGCAUACGUGAUUUAUACCUCUGGAUCAACUGGGAAACCCAAAGGAGUGGCAGUCGAGCAUCGCGCAGCAGCUAACAUGGCCCGGGAGCAGAUAGCUUUGAUGAAGAUUUCGAGAGAAGAUCGCGUGCUGCAGUUCUUCAAGCCGGCCUUUGACGGAGCAGUGCAAGAAUAUUUAAGUACUUUCUGCGCAGGUGCGUGUCUUGUGCUUUGGGGCGAAGAUACCGGCUUUGCUCAGGCCCUGAAAACCUUCGGUGUCACUUGUGCAACAUUGACGCCUUCGGCGCUCUCUGUGCUGUCGCCCCUGCAGCUGCCGAAGCUGCAGAAGCUGGCUGUGGCCGCUGAGUCAUGUCCACCUAGCUUGGUGGACACAUGGGCCCGUGGCCGGCACUUGGUGAAUGCUUAUGGUCCAUCGGAGAACACUGUGGUCUCCACUUGGGCUGAGCUUGAUGGAAGGGAGCUGAGCAGGCUGAGUUCCUUCAUCAUCGAAGUGGAAGGUGGAGCCGAUGACAUUGAUCGACGAAGUUCCCUUUCGGAAGGGAGGGAACGAGCGACGCAACAUGUGCCCAUCGGUCGGCCUGUGAUGGGUGUUCAAUGUUAUGUCUUUGAAGCCACGAGGUGUAAAGCACUGCAACCAAUUGGGGCACCCGGAGAGCUUUGCCUAGGAGGUGAUCAAUUGGCGCGUGGCUACUACCGAGAUCCCGUCAGAACCGCUGAAAAGUUUGUACCCAACCCUUUGAACGGCAAAAGGAUGUACAAGACUGGAGACUUGGUCAUGUGGCUGCCUUCCAGUGAGUUGCUCUACUUGGGCCGGAACGAUGAAAUGGUCAAGGUUCGUGGUUUCCGAAUCGAGCUGACAGAGGUGGAGGCGGCCUUGGGGGCCCUGGGCGCGCAGGCAGAAAGACAUGGGAGCUUAUCGCAAUUUGGAAAACAAAAUCCCUAUUCUCAGUAG